CCGGCAGAUCGCGUGCGUAUACUAUCCAAGUUAUGUCAGAACGGCCUGCGGCUUCAUAACGGAGAAUUGUACGACCGUAUUCAGCAACGGUUGAUUUUGGGAGAGUGUGUCCAGAGUCAGACACAUUCAUGUCCAGAGGCAAAUGUUGUUGGCAUGACAAAAUCCGUCUUGGCUGAGAGGCUGGUUGCUUCGAGAUUGGCUAUGCAGUUACCUUUCUUCCUGCAUGUUUCUAAUGUCAGCUCCAGUUUUCGCAAGGCCAUUAAAUUUUACGGAAUUCUAUAUCGAGUCAAGAACGUACUCCGGCAAAGAGGAGGUGGUGCGUCUGGCCCGGGAGCUGCCCCGGAACCACUGGCCACGUUGCAGUCGCUGGUGAACAGGGAUGCUGCAUCAGUAGAGGAACUGCAGACCAGGGUGAACCAACUCACCGAAGAGAUACCAGCUGCGAAGACGUAA